AUGCUGGACACCAUCAAGGUCAAAAAGCCCGCUUUCUGUGUCCUGGAGAACGUCACGGGUCUCAUGGGAUUCCGCGAGGACGUUAGCAAGACGAUGAGAGUCAAGUUGGAAGAGCAGUAUGUGGUCUACCACAUGAAACUGGACCCAAGAGACCAGGGUCACUGUGUUCGCCGACCUAGAGUGUACUUCAUUGUAUUGCGGAAGGAUGUGUUGCUGUGUGACCCGGCUAAGCUUGCCAGCUUGGCACAGCAUAUCCUGCAGAGUGUCAAGCAAGACGGGCAGAGCGUCAAAGUUCAGCAGUUCAUGCUUGCAGACACACACCCACUUGUGGUGGAGAGUCAACUUCAGCAGGAUGCCAAAGUCAAGCGCAAACCAAAGCCAAUCCCCAAGGACAAGGGCUUCGAGGCCAAGUGGUACAACAGGCAUGCCGCUCUUUGGGCAAGCCUUGGUCGGAGAUGCAGUGACUGCCCAGUCCCAGGGUCAAGGUUGAAAAACAUGGGAUCCCGGCGAGAGGAUGCAUUGAAGAUAGCAUGGCAGCAGCAUCGGCGCCUGGACAUGGUGGUUGACUUGAGUCAAAAUGCAGGGCGGAUGCCUGUCGCAUUCCAAGGAGAGUGUCCAACGUUGACACCAGGAGGGCAUGUUUUUGUCCUCUCUGCUCAACGUGCACUCCUUCCGGAAGAAAAGCUCCUGAUCAAUGGAUUCCCAGCGUCAAGCUUCAUGGGCAAGUGCCAGGCGGAGCUGCGUCCGAGGGAAUUGUCGUCGUUGGCAGGCAACACCAUGCAUGUCGAGGUUGUGGCUGCAGUGUCACUUAUAGCCUUAUCGCUGAUUGACCUGCGUGCGCUGGGCAAGAGUGGGCCCAUAUACACUGGCGCACAAGGGUCAUGGAUCUUCAUGGACCUGGACGGGUCAGAAAUGCAGAAGCUCCAGUCUGCGAAAAAGCCAUCUCCUCAGCGAUGCUCGUUGUCACCGGCCCCCACAUGCAGAGUGAAUCGUAAGUCCAUAUGUUCUGUGAAUAUGAAGCGUUCCAGCUUGGCCCGCAAAAUGCAGGCAAACAAAAGCGAUCUCAGAGUCAAGAAGACAGCUGCGAAACCGAAGCAAACACGUAGAACUUCAGCGUCGGAGGGGGCAAGCUCCUUUGGCGGCCCUAAUUCGAAGCCCAAAAGGCAGAUGACUGCACGAGUUAGCGGCGGAUACCUGCCUCCCAACGGAUUGCAAAGUAUUUACAACAAGGUGCUGCUCUAG